AUUGCACCUGCGAGCAAUCUAUUUGCGUUUGGGCCAUCGGAGAAUGAUACUGAACUCAUACCGGAGCAAUCUUGUAAUGACGAAGUGAUCGGCCAAAGUAUCAGAGCGGGCCGUUUUGGAUUUGAAUUCUUCCAGAGGAGACGUUUCAGACUGAAUGUAGGUAUCGGGCUAAUUGUUAUUGCUGCCUAAAGGCUUGCAGGGAUCUUGGAUUUUAGGGAGCUAAUUUAAUUAGCUUUCCACUCCUUCUUCUAUAUAUCCGACUUCAUGGUUUCUUUUUACGUUUCCUUCAUUUGUUGAGAUUAUUCUUCAUAUUUGUAUGCAAUUUUAAACACAACUAAACAAGACGUGUCUCUCUUAGUACCGGUAAAAAAAGCCAAACGGCAUCUUUAUAGCUUUCGAUAAGCCAGGGGAGUCUUAAGUUCUUUAAUUGGUUUGUUUCUUAAAACGGAUUUUAAAAAAAGACGGUUAUAACUGGAGCAAAGAGCCCACUUUUCAAACUAUUUUACAAAGAGGAUAUCUUACGCGUCCGCCCGGUGAUACGAAAUUUAAGUGUUAAGUGGACGAGUGAAAUAUUCUCGAUAACUCGAAGAGAAAUUUCGUAUCUCCAAGCGGCCAUGUAUUGUUUUGUUUUUUAUAUAAACACCAAUGAGAUACCAAAAUAUUUCGCUCUGACAUCAUUUGGCCGCGAAAGGUGCGAUUUAUUAUGUAGCCAUAGCAACGGGUGAUCUUUACAAGGCUGAAGAUCAGUAUCAAGUUUUCGCGCAGAAACUCACCUGGUAUUUCAUUGGUGGUUAUGUAAUAAUUCAUUUUCUUUUACUUUAGAUAUUUAAACACAGUGAUUUUAAUACAAGUCCUAUCGACGCCCAGAAAUUUCAUGAUAGCUUCUUCGAAAAUCACAUACUCUUAGACAAAACUAAGCCUUAUGCUAAUCAAAUCGGCAUCAAUUUAUACAAAAAUUAAAUUCGACUAAAAUAUCACUCAUCGGUAUCACUACUCCUGCUUUGCUAGAUAUUUUUCAAUGGUAAAAUCCAGUUUAACGAAAGAUGGAGUGUGCGGUGGCCCCAGAGGUUUGGUGUUUACAGAUGGUUACGUUCAAAUGCGUUCAUUGCACCAUUCUGGGCUAGGGUGGAACAUGCAGCUUUUAACACAGGAAAUUCCAAGGUUUAUUAUCACGCUUACGAGCAAAGCAACCAGAACACGGAUCAAACAAUUAACAUACUCCGUCUGGCCUCACGUCAUGUUCAGAAUUACACUAACGCAGCGCCGUAGCUAGUAUGAGGCCAACCGAGGCACUCGCCUCGGUAAAAUUUUGACGAAUUUCGCCGAUCAUUUUUAUUUUACAUAAGCGAUCAUCGGAUAUUUUUAACGCAUCAUGAUAUUACAAAGAAUUCAGCAAUUCAGUCAAUAUACUAUGAAAAAAUUACCAUAUCAUCGAUCUCAAGGGGCUACGUACGUUAACUCAAAUUUUUUUUGAACAAAUACUGAUCAAAACCAUUGGCGAGGUUAACGGUCACCCAGAUUAUGUAGCUUGUUUCUGAUUAUUGCUUUUUAAAUUCCACUUAAAUUAACUCGAAAAAAAGUUACCGAAAGGCCCAGAAAACGCUGCAAAUCGCAUUUCCGAGAGACUAAAGUUCAAAAUUUCUCGGGGGGGGGGGGGCAUGCCCCCGAACCCCCCUAGCAACUCCCGACUGCCUCGGUUGGCCGUUUGGUCUGGCUACGGCACUGUAACGAUGAAAAAUUUAGAAACUUUGAAGCCACUUGGGUUCUGGUUGUCACUUGGGUAAAUGUCUGCCCUUACGACGAAUGUACAGAACGUUGUAGUUUGGUAAGUUACGAUUUUCACAUUAAUUAUAUUUUUCAGACAUUUUUCUUACGGUGGUUUGACCGUUUCUCAUUGCUAUUUUAGAUUCUCCGAAAAGUAACCUCUUUAAUUCAGCAACUUUAGAUUGAUGAUUAGCUUUCGAAUAGACCUUGUCACUAGUGUAGUGAAUCUAGUGUCGAAUAAUUCCCAUAGAACGGGUUUUCUGAAAAAAAAUAUGAAUUGUAAGCUUCACUCCUAACGAUUAUACCGAAAAAAAAUUGAGGGCGUUAUAUGCAGCUACAUGCGCUAGAGCGACUUUUUUUUUUUGUCUGUAAAAAUUUUUCUUCCUUUGGACUAAAAUUUCCCGCGAAAAAUUGCAGACAAAUAUAUGGAAAAUCUAAUACAAGCGUCUGGAGAAAGUUAAGCACAGUUACGGCCCCCAAAAUCCUUUGCUGUAGCUUCAGUUUACAAUUAAUUUUGUUUACAGAACAGCCGUUUUACGCAAAUUAUUCUUCUCAUACAAACACUGUAAUUUCUCACGCGGUUGCCUACUCGUCAAGAUGGCUUUCAAACCCGUGACAAGGUCUGUAAAACUUCGCUCGCUGUGCAAUAUUAUAUUGACUGACUGCUUUGUUAGUCCUGUACUAGACUGCGAGUAGAGCCGUCUCUCCUCGCUCUUCGUCACUGAGGACGUGUUUCGAGCACGAAGGACUAGCGUCUUCGCCAUUUUCUAUACCAGGUGUUGGAUCUAUGUUAUUGGUGGGAAAAUGGUACGUGAGAAACUAGAGAACAUUAGCUGAAUGGGAAGCGCUCGUUGAUUGAGUGGGGAUUAAGUGCAUUAUUUUGAAAGACACUUUUUUGCCACAAUUUUAUUUCAACCUUAUGUCUUUGUUUGGUGAACAUAGAGACUUCAGAUUGCCAUGUUUUGGGUGGAAUGAUAGGCGAGAUUAAAAUAGCGACCACGUCUUAGAAGUUUUUUAAUUUUUUAAAUACCUUCAAUGUAUUUCCAACAUAAUCGUGGAAAGAGUCACAAGAUCUUUGUCCCGGUGCGCCCAUAACAAGCAGGGGGAGUAGCGCGCAGGUCAUGCAUUAGACGGCUUGUGUUAAAAUUCAUCGCCAGUUUCAUUUCAUUUUCAGAAUGGCAUUUACUGAAUAAUUCGUCUUAUAAUUUGUGACUAUACCUUCCAAUUUUGUUUUUAAAUAACGUAUUCCUGGGGAGGAGGAGGAUACUCAAUAAAGAUUCAUACGGGAAGGCUCCGCCCUGAGGUCCAACCCUUACCCUUCAAUAUUCAAUUUUUCACAGCAAAGGUGCCCCUUUCUUAUACUGUAAAAACUCGUGACUAAGAACCUGGUUUUUAAGAACCUGUUAUACUAAAAUUUGUCAAUUAGGCCCCCUCCUUAAAAGAACCUGUUUAGCGUAAAUUUGAAACAGGUUUUUAUUUUCUAAAAUCUAUAUAGAAAAACUUAUGUACGCUUGGGCAAAUAACGUAAGUCACCAUUCAGAAUCCUCUUUGGAGACAUAAAUGUCUUGAUAAUCACUCCCACUACAAUGUAUUGGAUGCAGAUUUCAUAUAAAGAAUUAACUGAAUAUAAUACUAAGUACUCUUAGCUUCAACGGUGUUGUGUUUUUUUCUUCCGAAAAUAAGAAGCUGUUUAAGAACCUACAUAGCCUAAAUUUGUGCUAAUUACCAUUUAUGUAAGAACCUGUUUAUGCUAACUUUGGAAAACGCAGGUUAUUAGUCGUACUUUCUGUCGUUAUGAGUCGUUUUUAUUGUAUUUUCCAUUGACAAAUGGCACCCCUUUAGAACUUUGCAUCUCUUUUAUCUGCUGUAAAAUUCACUGAAGAAGUAGAUAAGACUAAAUCACUAAACCAGGACGUUUUCUCGGCCUUUUCACAAUUAUAAAAUGCAUCUGUUGGCCGAUUUGGGCCUAUUUACAGACUGAAAUGACAUACGUCCAGUUCUACCGUUCAUAUACUUCAGUUGAUGAAAUCCCUACCCUUUCAUAUAUACUCGAAGGCUGAAAAAGGUACCCCUUGCGAGCGUAGCCUAAAAACAAUCUUGCUCCGGUUUGCUUGUCGGCCCCCACUCAUUUUCUGAGUGCAGGGUGACUAAAUGAGUGUUUGAAAGUGUGAUUGCGUAGAGAUGGGUUCUUGCCAGCACAGUUUAAUUGAAUCCAGUCAAUUACGUCUUACGAGGUCAUUGGUUCGAAUCCCGUUCGGAAUUCCUUUCGGAUUUAUUUGCAUUUGCUUAAAUUGCAAUUACCUCUGCGACAAUCAUAUAUUCGUGUAUUAUCGCAGUUCACAUCAUCUUCAUGUAACAUUUAACUUGCUACAAAGUUGCUUACAGUUUUUUAAAUCUUCCCCGCUCUACUUUGUUUAUAGGGAUGUCAAGAUGUCGAAAAUAACUAUGAACAGGUUAAUGAUUUAUCGCUAUACCACUGGCUAAAAUAAUGUCCUGAGUUUUAUGUUUGUAGAGGAACACUUUUCAAGCAGUCAUCAUAACAGACUGGGGUAACACGUUUCUGAUUUACAACUACCCUUCAGGAGGAAUCGAGUGGACAGUUAAUGCUCCUGUGUAAGUCAUACUUAUGCAGAGUCAAAGGCCUAGGCCAAACGUCGAACGUUUCAUGAGACGAACCAAACUUAGUAAGUUAAGUUCUUGGAAAAGUUCGACAUCUAGCCUCAGUAAAAGUUCGUCUGUAUGAGUUUGGAUCGCGGAACACGUUCUAUCCGUCUGCGUCAGACGUCUGAAGAUAGUCUCCGGGACAACGUUGAUCUUAACAUGCAACGAACGAACUAGACUAGUAAAUUAAAUGCUAUUUAACCUCGUUCGGGAGAAAAUUUUUUAAAUUGCCUUUUUGGUUCGACGCCUUCUAAGUUCGACGUCUGACCCGACAGACGAUCUUAAUUUAAUUUAGGUCGACCUAAACUAGAGUUUGGUUCGUCUCAUGAAAAUUCUAAGUUUGGCCUAGUCCUUACACAUCACUAGUUGAAUGCUGUUAGGUGAGCUUGAAACGUUUAGAGAGAGGACUUCUUUGUUGUUGUUUUUGUGGCUUUUUAGGCUGUUUUUAGUGUCUCUGUGGGACCCGAUUGCUGAAUAUUGUGGGUUGCAAGGUUUUUCUUAAAUAUUAAAAUACGUUCUAAUUCAGUUCAAACGUUGGAUCAAUUCAGAUUCAAUGUUAAAGGAAAUAUAAUAAUAUGUGAUGAUAGUAAUGAUCACGACAAUGGAUGAUACGGUAUAUAUGUUAUAAUAUUAUAUGACAUAUGAUAUAUAUUACCAACCACACUGAUUUUAUCAAAAUACUGUUUUCCUCGUGGUUUGAUUGGCAAUUAUCUUUCCUGCAGAUCUGAAUAUUCUGAAUGGACAGGUGUGUAUGGUAUUCCAGUAGCCGGGUGGAGCGCUGAAGGCAUUCACAAUCUCAACCUUGAAGGGUGAGGCGUGCUAGUUACCUUGUGGCCUGCGCCGCAGACGAAACUAAACUCUGGUUAAGUCCGUCUGCGUAACAUCGCCGAAAUCCUUGUUCUGGGAUCCUACCUGUGUGCUGGGAUUUGAGUACGCUCCAUGAUUCGCUUGUUCAAAAUUCCAUCGUCGAUUUGCCCAUCAAGGUGAAGGAAAUUCGAAACAGUCUUCCAGUAAUUCGUGGAGUCCGUUGGGGCCCAGGACAAGGAUAUCGGUGCUGCUGCGGUGUUAAUAAUCGAGGUUGAAUUACGUCUGCGACUCAGGCUAGUUACCCUGCGAUGAAAUAUUUAUCUGUAAGAACUCAACAGUAACAAAAUGUUCAAUAAAAAGCAACUAUAUGUACAGUGUACUUGAAUUUACCUGGGAUUAUAUCUGUUAGAGUGGAAUUCCUUCACGACUUGACAAUAAGUCAGGACAAGGAAAUGAACGUUUCUUUUAAGACUUAGUUCUCUUUAUUUGGCGAAACCUCCCUGGGCAAUCUGAUUGCUGUUAAACAAGAUUUAUAUUUAUCUUUAAAUUUAUUGCAAUGCGUGUCAUGUCCUAUGCCCUUUUCUUCACAAUAAAGGCUACAAUAAAUAACUGUAAUGUACUUUUUUAUAUACAUACAUGUACACCAUACCUUUUAAUACGGAAAUCAACAAUGUCCCAUCACUGGGUCUCCUUUGGGCUCAUUAUGAAAUUAUCUUACGUGAUAGUUAAUUCCCUUGAAAAGGACGUGCUAUCCAAAUUUUUUUUUCCAAACUUGGCACAAUUGACAUCCAUAUAUGGGAUACUGCAAUAAAAAAUGGGAUCAUCGUGCUUGUUUUCGCCCUCCGUGCCCGUAAUUCUUAGCGUUUUUUUCCUAGUUAUGCGCAAAUGUUGGAAACUUGAAUAGCUAUCAAAAAUUCCUAUCAUACAGCAAAAACUAUGGAUCUUACUAAAACUUAGAGCCUCUUAGUAAAAGUGAAAAGUUUAGUGAAAAGGACAGUUUUCACGUCAUUCAUAUCCAAAUAAUACAACUUCUACUCUCCAGAUCUUUUUCUUCUUAGGAUAUAUUUUUCGUGUAGCCAUAGCGAUUUAAAAACACCAAUAAAAAAGCGGGGUGACCGAUCUCGUUUCAUCGCAAAAAGGCAACAAAGGAACAAUUUCGGCUUCAAAUGAUCAUUUUAAGCGACUGGGCUUGAGCGAGUUCCAACCGUUUUAGCUUGGAAGAGUUAUCAAAAUCGCUAUUAAAAGCAUUUAGGCGACCAGUGCAAAUCGCCGCCGCCUUGGAAGUCGCAAUGUUAUGCGCAAUGCAAAACAAAGGAAUUGCCAUUAGUCAGUCUGGGAAGCUAUCGUCCCCAGGCUAUUAUUAAUUGUGAAUAAUACAAAUGUCUCUGUGGUCAGUGGGAGAGUGUGUAUGGUUAGUAAUUGACUGAGCUAUACGGUUUUAAAGUAUAUUUAUCCUAGUGAAUGGCUUAGAAUGAAGAGCUCCUUUUUUAGGCUUGGCUAAAUUUAUAUGAUGAGAUAUGGAUUGUGGAUUCCUACGAAGCAGGAAACUGAGGCUGAUAACAACCCUCUAAAUCUGGAGUUUUUCAUAUCCUACAAAACAAAUUCAACUACUGUUUAUCAUUCAUUCAAAUAUUUGAAAUACUGUCAAACUCUAAUAAAUAUGAAAAAAAUAAUAAUAAUAAUAAUAGUAAUGACAGUGAAAUAAAGUAGGAUUAAUUAAGAAUAACCGCUUUAGUUACCCUCGACAGUAUUUAUAGCGAAAAGUAUAGUGGGGCCGGGCAGUGCCUGAAAUAAUAUCGACCAAACACAAUGGGGUUGAUAGUCCCAACUGACCGGGGCCAAAUAACGCAGGUUUGUGGAGGAUUUGAUGUCGAGAUUACCGUAAACAAUUCCAGCUAGCGGCCAGAGCAAGACUUGGACUCGGGGCCUCCAUCCUGCAACCACUUGGUCUCGCUACUACCACCUGUUCAACUAAUGGCUAGUUCCUCGAGUAGAUUGUUAAUUUGUGUUGUAAUAUUUUGCUGAUUUGUGAUCGCUAAACAUUUGAUAGACUCGAAAUAUUAUAUACUAUUGUUUUAUACAGGUCAGGUACAGUGCUGGGAAUGUAUAACUUGGAUAUAGGAUAGGAAUGGAAAUACAGGCACGCUAGGCAGAUAUUUUUGGAGAAUAGAAAACCAGGAAAGAGACGGUGACAUAAAAAGGUGCAUCGAUUGGAUUACUUUUCAAGACGACGUGCUUUUUAGGUUUUGGUAUGAUCAGCAGUUUCGGUCUCGACGUUUCAACCAGCGUUUGGCGUGUCCGUGCACUAUAUGGCAGGCAUUUCUGGACAGGGGACGAUUCUCUCCGGACUUUUCAUACCCUUCUUCAAAUUUUUGUUUUAGGUCCAGACGCUCCAGGAUCUUUUUUCAUUUCAGUAAUGACCUUGGCCUUGUGCUCUUUCGGAUAAGACAACUCUGCUGUUACUCGUUCUCUUUCAAUGACUUUGGUGCCCUUAAAACUGGUCCGCCGGACGGAAGUCACGCUAUUGUUGAACCAAUUUUUGGCGCUAGCGGGGUUACUACCGACAGAGACGCCGAAACAUUUUGCUGUGCUGAUCCAGAUUUGUGCAGUCUAUAUUAUUUUUAUCGUCCUAGUGAUGAUUGCUUUUUUUACCGACCUCGUAGGAGACGUAAGUUUUUUUGUUGUGCUACUCCUUUCUUUAAACAAGGAUGUCUUAAUUAGUGCUAAGGCUGAAAGGAGAGUAACAAGGUUACUUUGUUCGUACGUAGAACCUGGAAAAAUUGUUUAAAUCUGUAGAAACUAAAAUGCUUCGAAGUUACAGUGCGACUACCGUAGACAAAGUUGACCAAUCGGAUUACAGGAAAAUAACAAUACUUUCCGAUACAACUCACUUUGACUCUGAAGAUGACUACCGCACAGGUUGUCGAAACGUCAGUCACUGUCAACAACAACAGUCCUAUUCAGGACUACGUUCACCCGGAGGAUCAACUUACUUUUGAAAUGACUCCUGGGUUCAAACCUUUCACAGUAAUACUUUCCGAGAUAGUUAGCUGUCAAUCGUAAUCGAAAUAAACAACAUGGAUCGAAAUCUACAGACGAAGGGCUGUUGUGCCAUGAAUAUUUUCCAAUUAUACUUGGAGAAAAUCUCCUUAGGUUUAUGAAUUUAUAGUACUAGUUAAUGGUUAAAAUGCAUUUCGCGUAUUUCCUUCACCGCCCAAAACUACGUUUACUAACAGGAGCGGUGCAGUAUCCUAAGAGGUAAAAAAAGCUUGAGAACUCUGUUUAUCCUAAUUUAAUCAGUACCUUAAUUACUUGCUAUGUUGUUCCAGGUUUGUUCUGGGGUGAUCCACAUUUUAGGACACUAGAUGGUGGGAAUUAUACGUUCGACGGCCUUGGUGAAUAUGUAAUGAUCGACGCACAAGAUGGGGUAUUCCAACUACAAGCCAGGACAAGCCUUGCCCUACAAAAUUCAACUACUGCCACAAUUUUCUCAGCCGGAGCUGCUAAAGAAGAAAACACAAGUGUCGUUGAAGUAAAAGUGAAGAAAGGAGGUGAGACAUACUCGGAUACAUAG